AUGGAAUCAAAACAGCAUUUACUUGACCAAACACAGCUCGGCGUUUCUCGAGAGAAGCCGAAGAACAGUUAUACUCGGAAUGUUUGGAUCUCUGGCUUGUCCACGCUAUUGCUCCUCGCCCUUACUGGGCUGUGGAGGAAUGGGUACCCGCUCACGGGGCUGCUCGGUAGCUGGGGCCGCCACAACCCCAGUGGACAAGACAGACUCAUGAGAGAGUACACGCUUCAGUCUGGAGUGAGAUGGAUGAACCCAGUAACUAACUUGGAAUCAGAUGGCGGUCGAUGGAGAGUCAUGUUCGUUUGCAACGGACAAACGCCUUGCCCCACGCUGUACGCUGAAGAAGGCGAUCUCGUCGCAUUGACAGUCAAGAGCGAUGUCUAUGCUCAGUCUUCCAUUCACUGGUCCGGCAUUGGACAUAAGGCAACUGGAAGCUGGAAUGACGGUACCGCUGGGAUAUCGCAGUACCCUAUUCUUCCUCGUGGCAACUUCACAAGCGUGAUUGACACGACUGGCUCGUGGGGCCUCAAUUGGUACGCUGAGCACACGACUGCUGCGUCUGCUGAUGGCUUGUAUGGUAUGGUCUACGUAGCGCCAAGCCCAUCUCGACUUCGUCCCUACCGUCUCAUCACGGAAAAUGACAUCGAGCUGCGAAAGAUCAUGGAGGCGGAGAAGCAAGUCCGGCAUCUCGCUAUCAAGAAUCACCAACACCGAGACACAGGCUGGAAAAUGCUUCGCAUGCGAGCUGAAGGGUCGGAGUUCUAUUGCUAUGAUUCGAUCCUCGUUAAUGGAAAGGGCCGUGUACACUGCCGCCAACCGGAAUACGAACAAUUGAACGGAUUUCGCUUGGAUGAGACAGGAUGCAUCCAACCACCUGGUCUUUCCGAAGAAUCAUGCACACCAAGUGAGGCGGACUACGAGAUAAUUGAAACGGAGGGGAGAGAUUACAUCAUGCUGAACCUGAUCAACAUCGGCUUCGAGCACUCCGUCAUGGUUUCUAUUGACAACCACAAGCUGACUGUUGUUGCGAACAACGGUGGCUUCGUAACUCCCGAAGAAGCCGAUGCUGUCUACGUGCCCAGCGCUGGAAGACUUACCGUUCUGGUGAGACUUGAGGCUGAACCUGGAGACUAUGCCAUGCGCAUCUCAUCCACAAGCCAAAUGCAGAACCUGCAAGCCUACUCAAUCUUGAGAUACCCUGCUAGUCGUAGACCUAUCUAUGGUGAGCCAAUGAAGGUUCCACAGCCGGCUUCAACCGACGACAUAUGUGUUCUGCCUGAUGGUUCUACAAACCAGGGCUGCAAAGCUAUUAAUGGCCAAUUUCUACCGCCUUACCCUGCCACGCCGCCUCCUUCAGCCAAGAAUUCGCAUCCAGAGACAGCAGACUUCACGUUCCAUCUCGCCGCCGGAUCUCAAGCUUCGCCCACGGAAGCUCAUGUGCCGGAGUUCUACCUCAACGAGAAGCCUUGGCAGUUAUUCCGCUCGUCUUUGAUGCCUCUUCUAUUUCAGGCAGCCAACGAGUCUGGUUACCUCGGAUCUCUGGGCAAGCCCAUCAUCGAAGGUAUCCCAAUUGGAUCCGUCGUUGAUCUCAUCAUUGAGAACAACCUAAACGACACGGUACCACUCUAUAAGCAUGCCGAUCCUGCUUGGUUGCUUGGCGCACAGCCGAACGCGAGGUUCUCGCACAAGAGCGUGAAAGAGGCUCUCGUAGGUCGCAACCACCUGCCCAAGUCCCUCAACCUCAAGGACCCUGCUCUUGUCACAGUGCAUGACCUCCCUCCUCUGGGAUGGAGUGUUCUACGAUUCAAGGUCAACGCGAAAGCCGCUACUAUGAUUCAUGCCGUGAAGCUUAGAUAUUUCGCGCUGGGCAUGUCUGCGCCGAUCAUGGAGGGCAUCCUGAGUGGUGAUCCCGCAGAGUUUCCCGAAUCAGCCAUCAAUCGCCCACACGUGGAUUUUGAGCCGAAGAACGAUGGCGUAUUUGGCUAG